AUGGUUUCAAAAGAAUUGGGUAUUGGGCUAAGGAUCAAUCACUGCACACUUGAAAUGUGGAAGAACUUUGUCCAACACGUCAUCAAAAUAGAAGAGAACUUCUGGAAGGUGGACUUAACCGUCGAUGAUGUGAUGGAUGGCGACAAUAUACAUAAAAUGACGAUCACUGGGGACACGUCCGAUUCAGAUGAUCAAGGAUGUGAAGCCUUAUAA